AGCAAUAUGCCCGUCAUAAAGUACCCGAGGAUUAGAGACCCUCUCUUUUAUGAAUGGGACAGGAAAGCUCAGAAAUGUGGAUUAAGACACACAAUUUAUGCUGUAAAUGGGGAUCAGUAUACUGGAGAAUGGCUGAACAACUUGAAACAUGGUAAAGGCACCCAGAUUUGGAAGAGCACAGGAGCUAUUUACAGUGGUGACUGGAAGUUUGGGAAGCGGGACGGUUAUGGCUCGUACAGCGUUCUUGACCCAGGGACCAAGGAAUACAAGAGGGUGUACACAGGCUGGUGGGAAAAUGACAGAAGAAGUGGCCGGGGGACAUUCUUUUACCCCAAUGGGGAGCUCUAUGAGGGUGAGUGGAGCAAUGGCUUGCGGAGCGGCUGGGGAAAGAUGCACUACAAGGACGGCUCCACCUACGAGGGACAGUGGCUGACGGAUCAGCCCAACGGGCAGGGCCUGCUGCAGCUCCCAAAUGGAAAUCGGUACACUGGAGGUUGGAAAGAUGGCAAGAAGCAUGGCCCGGGGAAAUACUUCUACCCAGAUAAGGGACAGCUGUUUGAAGGCAUCUGGGUUGCAGAUAUACCAAAGUGUGGAGUUCUGGUUGACUUUGGCAGAGAAAACGCUCCAGCCCCUUCUGAGUUUCCACUCCCAGAGAUUAAACUACAUGAUCCAGCUGGUGUUUUAGCAGAGGCCCAGGCAAUGUUUGAUGACAGCCAUGAUGAAUAACCAGAUGCUGAAGAAAAAAAAAAAUUCAAGAACACGACCCCGGGUUAUUUAUUCCUUCGAGUGUCAAACCCACACUGUGGUUUUCGUGUUGCAGUCUGCCUCACCCUUCCCUCAAGGCUGUUCAGGUAUACUUCCCUCUGCAGGUGGCUUUGCUCAGCAGCCUCCUCCCACCCCCAUUAUUUAGGAAAAGAAAGGGGAAAAAAAUUAAUGGGGAAAAACCCAAAAGACAAGCACCAACAGGAUGGAAGAGAGGCAGAGUGACUCUUUGCUCAGCUCCUCUUAUUCCUCCUGCUAAGAAAUCCACUGCUGGUGGUUUCAAGGCCUUGGCUUUAGAGAGGAAGGGUUUCUAGUAUGUGUUUUAAAAGCAUAUAGAAAAGUACAACCAAGUAAUUGUGUUCUCUACUCCCCCCAAACAUAGCCCAAUACAUACCUGUGACCCCAAAUGCCUUUUGAAGUUACAACAGAUCAUGUUUCAGUUACUAAGUCUAUUUAAGGCCUCUAGAUAAAAAAUAAUCCACAACAAUUGAGUAUAUUUUAUUUCAUGAAGGUAUUUUAUACCCAAAUAAGUGAUAUACAAUAACCAAUGUUUAAAAUGAUCGAGGUAAAUGCCUAACACCAUAGUUAGUAUAAAUAAGGGAUAAAAAAUUUUAAGUGCACUCAA